AUAAUCGCUUUCUAUAAUAGAUAUUUGUGUUUUUUUUUUUCGAAAGGAAGUGUAAUAGAUUAGAUAGUUGAUGAGUGACUAUGUUAUUAGUCACAAAUUAUUUUUUAAAAUAAAUAAAUAACAUACGAAGAAUAGAUGUAAUGAGACAAAAGAGAGUGAGGAAGAGAGCCUUAUCCUUCUUCUUCUUCUUCUUCUUCUUAGCAAUUGAGCUGUCAUAACAAAACUACUUCUCUCUCUCUCUCUUCCUUCAAUAGCCGUUUUCAUUUUCUCCCGUUGGGACCACCAAAGUCUCCUUCUUCGCCUGAAAGAUGCCUUAAACAUCAUCAUCAUCAUCAUCAUCGACUGGGUUUGGAUUUAGAUUUGGGUAACUUAAUUAAUUUUCUAGGUGGGUUCGUGAUUUUUCUGCUCCAACAAAAAAACAAAAUUGAUUUUUUUUAAUCCUAACGACUUUCCCACAUGGGAUUGGGACUGAUUCUCAAACCGAAGAAAGGCAAAGAUUACAACUUUGAAAGAUGGAAUCAAUUCAACACUGUUUAAACACCUCUUAUUACUCACUAUGGAUUACAGAUGCUUUGGAAGAAAUCCCACACAAUUUCACCAUCACCGAUCCUAGUAUCUCCGGCCACCCAAUCGUUUUCGCCAGCCGUGGCUUCUUAAAAAUGACAGGUUACUCCAAAAGCGAGGUCAUCGGGAAGAAUGGGAGGAUGUUUCAGGGUCCCAGGACUUGUAGAAGGUCGGUUAUGGAGGUUCGUGAGGCUGUUAGGGAAGAGAGAGCUAUUCAGAUUAAUUUGUUGAAUUAUCGCAAGGAUGGGACACCCUUUUGGAUUUUGUUUCAUAUGUGUCCUGUUUUCAGUAAGGAAGAUGGGAAAGUCAUCAACUUUAUCGCUGUUCAGGUCCCUCUUCAUCUUUCCACACCACCAACAACAACAACAGCAACUGGGUUUUCCAGAUAUCAACAACAACUGGGUUCAUGUAGAAGACAAGUAUGGUCUGAUUCUUUGACUCCUGCAGCUUCUUCUGAUGUUUCAGAAAUGAAAAUUGAAGAAGCUUGGGAAGCAAGUGAUGCAGAGAAGAAUAAAGCUGCUUCUGGCAUCAGUAGAGUGUUGUCUGUGCUAACUCACUAUAGCGAGUCAACAGGGAGAGUUGUGUGUGGAAAGAGAUGUGGAGGCUUAUCUGGGGUGGGACUUCUAAGUUCAUCCUUAACUAUUUCUCUUGGUAGAAUCAAACAAAGCUUUGUAUUGACUGAUCCUCACUUACCUGACAUGCCAAUAGUUUACGCAAGUGAUGCUUUCUUAAAGUUAACAGGUUAUUCCUGGCAUGAAGUAAUAGGGAGAAACUGUAGGUUUUUGAAUGGGGAGGAUACAGAUUCCUCAGCCUUGUGUAAGAUAGAGGAAAAUAUUCAAAUGGAACGGGCAUGCACAGUACGUAUCUUGAGUUACAGAAAGAAUAAGAGUUCAUUUUGGAAUUCUCUUCACGUAUCACCAGUUCGUAAUGCUUCCGGGAAGAUUGCAUACAUUGUGGGUGUUCAUAUGUUGCAAGAAAGCAGUUAUGAACAGGGCCAGGGGGAACACGGACUGAGCCCUGAGAUGAAACAACUUAGCACAGUUGGUGCUGUUAAAAUUGCAGUGAGGAGUUCGUCGAUGGGAGCUAGCUCGUCGUCCAAGUCUUAGCACCUUAAUCAUCUUGGCCAAUUGCAAUUAAUAGUAGUUCUCAUACGAGAGAGAUAAUACAAUAGAAAGAAGCCUCUUGGAACGGAACCUUAAUCAUUCCCGUAAGUCUUCAUCAGCGGCUACGUCCCAGGAAACAAAUCUUAUGAGAGCUCUUGUUUGCAGUGUAGCCAAGAUUACCAAUUUACGAGACAUGUAAUAAACUAGACAUGGUACUUGGAGGAAACUGGGGGAGAUGAACUGAAGACUUGUAUGCCGAAAAAAGUAUGAACUGAAGACUUGUGAGUUCAUUUGGGAUGAUGAUGAUGAUGAUGAUGAUGGUAUCAUAUAGGUGCUCCCUUCGAAUAUGAAUAUUCUUCGAUGACAGAACUGAGACUCCCAAGUUCCAAUCCAUCUCGGUAUGAUGUCAACCAGAUCAAGAAUUUCAACACAGCUUCAUGUUUGUUUGUUUUCAUGAUUGAAUGUUGGUAUAGCUUGUGAGGGGACAUUAUACAUUAUAAUUCUAUACGUAGCUUAUACAUAUCACAUUACACCAGUUGAUUUCA